AGCAGGUGCCUAGGCUGUUUCCCGAUAGGCCGAAACCCACCAGUCAAACUUAAUGCCAUCACGACUUUUGCUGGUCUCGCUCUGCUUUGCCGCAACGAAAACAUCUAGAAUAUCGACAACAGGAAGAGAAAAAAAAUCCAGCCAAUACAGUCCAGAUCUGGCCGUAGACGUAUAAACAACAAACACAAAUGACUGCACCUUCCCGGCUAGACCUCCUGGCCGAGGUGCCCGACGAUGUGAUCCUCGUCAUCUUUGCGCACAUGGAGACGGCGAGGGACAUGGUGAACCUCGCCGGGAGCUGCAAGAGGCUGACGCAGCUGCUGAGGGAGAGGGGCUGGCGCAUCUUUGCCCGCACGCGGUUCCCCUCGCUCCAAAUCCCGCGGGAGCAGACCCUCAAGAACCCCGAGCUGUCGUGGGCCAUGCUGGCCGAGUCGCUCACCUACCAGAGCCGCUGCUGGGACAGGAGGUCGCUCAACUUCACCGCCACCGUGUCGCUGCCGCCCGCGGGGGCUACCUUUCAUCACCGGCAGGCCCAGCGCUGGCCGUCCCGGUGCGACGCGCACUAUGACGUCGACACCCGCUCCGAGCUGCUCGUCUGGAGCGAGGGGGAGGGUUUCUGUGCGCGAGAGCGCCGCAUCGUCGAUGAUGGAUGGGGAGAGGACCGCGCGUUUGCUCGAUUCCAGGGUCGGGACCAUGGGCUCUUACCGGGGAGGGACGAUAUUGUCGACCUUUCCGUCGUCGAUGGUGGCCUGCACGACCUGCAGCGCAAGGGCAACGCCGUGCUUGCGGCGAGAGCUAGCGGAUGGCUCGAUCUAAGAUCGGCUGAGCAGGGCGACCUAGGUACGCUGCUGGCCACUUUCAGGCCGAGGCAGGCCAGGGGCUGGCGUGAAUCGGAUUCAGCGGCCGGUAGGGUUCUCGGGCAGUCGUCGUUGCUGUCCAUGGAUGUGUCGGGCCCCGGGAGGAUCGCCACCAACGACAGGGAGAGCGUUUUCGUAUACGACCUGCCGCGGGGAGACAAGUGGCUCGCCGAGAACCCACCAGAGGUCCCCCCUUCACUGACAAUCCACAAAGACUCGGUCCACGACAAGAGCGAGCUGACGCACCUCGGAGGCGUCAAGUGGAUCGGCGACCGGGGCGAAACCCUCGCGCUCGGCAUCAACGGACAGUUCCAGUCCGCGCUGCAGUACGUCCAGCUCAGCCCGUCGGGCAAAGCCUACCAGAUCCACCGCGCCAUCGACAACCCGGCCAUGUCAAACACGGGCCGCAGCUCCCACCAGAUCAACGCCGCGUCCAUCCUACCACUCGACGUUUCGUCCAUAUCCAACCACACGCGGCCACUGGUGCUCGCGGCCUGGCAGGACGGCACCUGUCGGCUCCAGGACCUGCGCACGCCCACGCCCUUUGACGCCGUCUACGAGGACAACGUCUACCCGGAAUCCAACAUCCAGCACCUCCUGACCUGGGGCACGGAGCGCUUCAUCGCGGGCGGCCCCAGCGACGAGCUCCUCCGCAUAUUCGACUUCCGCUGGACGAGGGGCUACUACCAUACGCAGGCGCUGCCGUGCCGGAGCGUGAUGCCGUACCCGGACCCGCCGCAGCCGUUUGCGAGCGAGGAGAGCCGCAGGGCGCGCGAGGCCGAGGAGCGCCGGGCCUGCUGCGACCACCUGGCCGGGUUCGAGUGCACGUGGCACCGCCAGUCGCGCGACAUCUAUCACCGGCCCAACUGCAACAUCUACUUUACGCGCAAGGAGCACAGGUCGGGACGGGGCUUCGUGAGGUCCCGCCACCCGAGCAUGGAGGGCGUGCAGUCGCUGGCCAAGGGCUCGGAUCUGUGCCCGAGCUUCUACGUCGGCGUGGUGGGCGGCUUCCUCGAGGCGAGGCUGGGGCUGCAGGGGACUUCGGGGGACGCGGUAGAUCCGAAUCUUUCGUAUCAGUACCUCGGCCUGCCGGGUGAUGAGGUUGGCGGCGAGGCUGCCGAGGCUGGCCAGGAGGGUUGCAGUGGCACAGGGUAUGAGACGGUCGAGCUGACGUCCAGCUUGAUGGAGACUGGUGACGGGCUAUCAGUUGCGCACAAUGAUCGGAGUAUUCCCUUGCCGCCACUCCGCCCCAACCCCAUGAUGAGAGAUCACCUCAAGAAGGGACCCAAGAUUCCAGAGGAGAUGGUUGACUGCCACCGUCUGGAUCCUCGAUACCAGCACAGCAACGACUUUGGCGACUUUGUCGCCUGGAAGGGAUCCUACGGCUCGCCUGUCAGGUAGAUGGACAUCAAUCAAAAGAUCCAAAAUUACGUCAGGUUAUACACAUUGGGCUAUAUACUGUUACAAAAAAAAAGAGCGACACUACACGAAAGCGCUGUUAAAAGUCCUCGACAUGCGAUCCGACAUUCUUCUCCCUCGCAAACCUCACAAGGUGCAUCCCCACCGCCAGAUCCAUCAGACCCAUACCGACGCUCUUGUAGAUGACGUUUCCGCGCUGCAGCCACAACGCGAGGUGGUCGUCCUUGGUCUUGGCCUUGGUCUCGGACUUGACAGAGUUGUGGCUGGAUGAUCGCUUGUGCGAGAAGAAACCCCUAUACCCACUCCGACUCUUUUCGCUCGCCGGCGGAGACGCGGCGCCGCUCCGGCUCGGCGAUGAUCCCCUGCUCCUGCUGGAUGCCCGGCUCGUGCUCGACCCGAACACGGUCGACAUGGCAGACGUCCCCGGCGUCAGGCUCAUCCCGUCAAACUCCUGAGCCAGCGGAGACCCGAGCGGCGUGUCGCCCCUGCUGCCCACCUCGGAAUCGCCGUCGCUCUCGUCCGGCAGGGAGCACCUCUGAAGCAUGACCAGCUCGCCAAGCUCGACCAGCUGGUCCGGAUGCAGGCCCGCGGCUAUGAGCUCGCCGGCCUCCUUGAGCGCCCCGUCGAUGGUGUCCACAAUCACAACGCCGCCCUCGGCCGCGUGCUUGUGAAAGUGCGGCCCGUGGCCCUUGUGCCGCUUGGUGGCCUGCCGCAGCACGUCGAGCGGGAUCUCUGCCAUUUGGGGAGUGUACGACCCGAUGGCGACCAGCAGCCUCCCCUUGCGCCUUCCCUCGGGGUUGGUGAGGAACCCGGCGGGGAACAGCUCCCUCGUCGACGGCGUGCAGCAGAAGAUGACGUCGGCGGCCCGGAUCUGCUCCUUGAGCAGGCGCUCGUACUCGACGUAGCCCGGCGUCAGCAUGGCGAACUGGCAAUCCGCCCAACCCUCGCGCCGCUUCGUCUCGGCGGGGAUGGUCCAGAAGCGCUUGAGCAGGUCGCGGCACCCGUCGUUGUAGCGGUGGUUGAUGAUGUUGACCUGCUUCACCGUCGGGCCGCGCGACUUGAGCGCCAGCCUGACGUGGUAGUAGGCCUGCAGGCCCGUGCCGAACACGGUCAGCACCUUGACCUGGUCCCGCCGCUGCACCAGGCACGUGCUGGCCAGUGCGGUCCGGAACGCCGUGAUGUGCGAGGCGUGCAGCACGGCGACCGGGUCGCCCCGUGCCGAGAAGAGCGAGAUGGCUCCGGUCGGGCGGACGACUGGCAGUUCUGGCGCGUCUCCAUCGUCGGCGUUUUUGGUCGCUUCGGGGGAGCUCAGUGUGAUAACUGGAAAACAACGGUACGCAUGUUGUUAGCCUCCCCCCUCAGGUCCAAGAAUGUGUUAGCUGUCAAAAGCUUAGUGCCAGCAAGCACAGCAAAACAAACCUUUGACCCCUAAUCCCGGAGGCCCAUGGGAGGGCAUAAACAGGCUCUUUGUCCCGGUCGAGGGCGUAAAGACGACCUGACGCUCGAGGUGGUUGUCAUCCUCUGGCGUUCGACUUUGGGUGCCGACGCUGUACUCGUGCAGGGCGCUACUGAGGGCGUCUUUGAACGACUCGAGCUCCUCUACCGUGAGGUCCUCGAGCAGACCCUUGAUCUGUCCGUCUGAUAGGAUCGACAGUGGCAUGGUUUAUGGGUCCAGGGGGUGGUGAUGGACAGGACGUCAAGGCUGCCCUUUUUGGGGGUAGUUUUCGUCUGAUAAAGUUGGACCUAGGGUUGCACUGUACUACCUUCUUUGGGGCUUGCAGAUAUCUGGGUCCCAGUGUAUAGACUAUCUGUGUGCAGGAGUGAUGUUAAAAUCAGGACUAGCCAGGUCGUAUGCAUAUAACAUUAAAAUUAUACAGGUAUUGAUAAGGAGGUCUCAUUGUACAAACCAAGACUGCUCUUACGUUAUUUAGGUCAGAUACCUAUUUGGUUAUAAUCACAUAGAUAGAUCAGACUUGUUGUAGAUGUUGUAUUACCGCAACUGUAUCCCUG